CCAACCACUACUGAAAAGGCAACACAACCACCAACCACUACUAAAAAGGCGACACAACCACCAACCACUACUGAAAGGGCGACCCAACCACCAGCCACUACCAGCCAGGCAACACAACCACCAACCACUACUGAAAAGGCAACACAACCACCAACUACAAAGCCGUGUCCUUGUUUUGACAGCGCGUCACAAAGGUGCUUUGAGGUUGGAGAAGAAUAUUGGGUCAAUGACUGUAAGAAGUGCAUUUGCGUUGAAAAUCCAUUGGGUUUUUCCUGUGCUAUUGGAUACUGCAGACUUACUACUCAAAUAUGUCAGGACCGUGGAUAUGAUUAUGUGUAUGAUGACGGUUACUGCUGUGAAUGCCGCAAAAACAAAACAGUUUCUACCACAACCAAGCCUCCCUCCACCACCAAAGCACCCAGUACAACCGCAGCACCAACGACAUCUGUUCCAACUACGCCGUACUGUCCGGGCGAAACCAAGUUUCAGCUAUGCAAGAAAAUACAAACAUGUCACGAUCGCAACCUGUGUGACACAUCACGUGCUACGAUGGGAUGCUGCUGUGACGAUGGCCUGGUGUUGUACAACAAACGUUGCAUACCAAUUGAUCAAUGUCCUUGUAUAUUCCAGAAUAAAACUAUGAGGGAAAAUGAGAUUUGGUACCCCAGCGAUCACGAGAUCUGCAAAUGCAUGAAUGGCAAACAAGACUGUUCUCGUCAGUGCCAACCAGGAUUUAAAUGCGAUGCGAAUGAAUACAAAGUUCAUCGCAAGACUCCUAAUCAAAAUGGAACGUGCUGCGAUUGUGUAAAGGACUACUGUGAAGUGAAUGACACAAUUUAUGAGAUUAACGAGACCUGGAAAGGAAAGUGGUCAGCCGAGAUGUGCGAGACAUGUCAAUGCCAGAAAGAAGGAAACAAUCGAGCACAAGUUACCUGUAACAGAAUCAUGUGCAACAAAUGUCCAAAAUAUCACGUGCCAAAGAUUGACCCAACGACUUGCUGCAAGUGCGAGUGCGAUGAAAACCUCUGUGAACAAAAAUACCCUUGCCCUACGGGAUCGUAUUUUGUGAAGAAUGAGUCUGAAUGUUGUGGAAAAUGCUACGCCAACCAAAUACCACCAACAAGUGUCGUCAUCACUUUCCCAACGACUGUCACAACGAAACCAGAAAUAACAAUUGGCACCACGACAACAAGGCCACCAUUUACCCUACCUACUAAACCUACUGAAAACACGACUACACAACCGCCUACUACAACAGAACAAAUAACAACCACAGGACAACCUACCACAACGGGACAGCCUACUACAACAGGACAGCCUACUACAACUGAGCAGCCUUCUACGACGGGGCAGCCUACCACGACAGGACAGCCUAUCACAACAGGACAGCCUUCUACGACAGGGCAGCCUUCUACGACAGGGCAGCCUUCUACGACAUGGCAGCCUACCAUGACAGGGCAGCCUUCUACUACAGGGCAGCCUACUACAGGGCAGCCUUCUACAACAGGGCAACCCACCACAAGGCAGCCUACUACAGGGCAGCCUUCUACGACUGGGCAGCCUACUACAACAGAAAAGCCUACCACAAGCCAGAAGCCUACAACAAGACGACCAGUGUGUGACUGUAAUGCUGGACUCGGUAUGGAAAACGACGGAAUCCCUGAUGAAAAUAUCAUGGCGUCAUCUUCUCGAUCCUCCUUCACUGGUCCUGAACAAGCUCGGUUGUAUGACCCCUACUCAGCAUGGUCCCCUAGUGACGACGAUGACUCGCCUUUCCUUGAAGUGUACUUAGGAGACGCUAAGCUAGUCACCGCAAUAUCGACCCAGGGGCACCCCCUAAGGAACGAGUUUGUACAAAGAUAUUGGGUUCGCUACAGCAUGGAUGGUCGAAACUGGCUUUAUGUGACAAAUUUUAUGGAUAUCCCUAAGGUUUUCAAGGGGAAUGAGGAUGGUGCUACUGUUGUCAGGAAUUCCAUCCCAAAAGGAGAGGUUCAAGCUCGUUACAUUAAAGUCGUUCCACUUAGGUCUGCUAGUGGUUUAUUUCAACCCAUGGCCCUUCGAAUUGAAAUCCAUGGCUGCCCAGCAACAUGUGAAGUAGUUACGACCCAGUUGCCAACCACGACCCAGACACCCAGUACUCAGAGACCCACAACGACCCAGAGACCCACAACGACCCAACAACCCACCUCUACCCAGAGACCCACUACGACCCAGAGACCCACUACGACCCAGAGACCCACUACGACCCAGAGACCCACUACGACCCAGAGACCCACUA